UUGUCUCUUCCUGCCAUCAUUGAAGCAUAUCAUUAUUGGUAGCCUUUAUAAAAUUUGGAGAUAAGGCUUUCAUUCCUCUUCAUAGUCCUGAGCUUAUCUCUGUGACUGUUCUUUGGCUAUUAUGAGCUGUGCCGGGAAAUGUGGAGAUGACGAGUAUUUGGACUACACCCUUUUGUCCACUGAGAUGACCCAGAUGCCCACAUCUGCAUACUGUCCUUAUGUAAACUAAUUAUCUCUGUUCCUCAUGUCUUGACUAUGUGACGUCCUCGUCUUUUCUUCUGCAGGUUCCCUCCUUUAGAGUAUCCUUUCCAGCUCUAUAAUGUGCCUUGAAUCCUCCUCCUGCAGUUUAUCAAAUUAUUUUUCUGCCUCUAAUAACCAUAGAGCAUGUUAGCUACUGUAAGUAUAUUUGUGGCUGGCUUAAUGACAAUUUAUCCUUCAAACACAUUUAAAGCACUUGGAGAGUUGAAUGUACUUCUAAAUGCGGCCUCCUUUUUAAAAAGUCCUGCAGAAAGAGCAGCAGCUCUCAGUGGAGUCGUAAUAUUGUGCAGCACUCAAAUAGCCUACUACUAUUUGUUACAAAUAAAGAUCCUGCUGUACAAAGAUAUCAAUGGUAAAAGCUCAUUAUUCAUUCAUUAAAGUAUAAGCAGCAAUUUAACUACGUAGCUUGUAGAAGCUGAUGCUAUUUUUAACUGUUGGUUGGUUAUUAAUCUAUGAAAUGGCAUCAUAUUUUGUAAACUGAGUCUUAAUCUGAAUCUGCAAUGUAGCAGUAUAGCUGUUAAAUAAUAGCUUUUGACAUGUAACUGAGUAGAUUUUUGUAACAUAAUAUUAACUAAAAGUACCUCAAAAUUCUAGGUUACCUAUGUAGUACUUGAGUAAAUCUAUUUAGUAACUUUUCACCACUGGAUGUCAUUUUUAAAACACCUUGAUGCCAUUCACCACUCAGCUCUUAGUUCAUAACUGAUGACAAAAUACUAAUGGUGCAUUUUAGAGGAAACGUGCCUCUUACUACCAUCAUAUAUCAGCUCUCUUAAUUAUUCCCGAGGUAUAAAACACUUGAGCUUUACUUCAGGUUCGUUCCUCACUAACUUCUCACCAUUGUAUUAAAAGGGUUUGGAAAUUUAAAUAAAGGUUCAUCAUCGCUCUCUCCAUCACGCACUCCCUCGCUGAGAGAGGAUGACGCGCAACCUGUACCUGCGAGGGAUGCGUGCGUCUUGCGCCGGCCGGGCAUGCGGCCUUGGGGGACUGAUGAUGGGGAUGCGGAUGCCAUGGCAACAGGCCGAUUAGAUCCAGACCUUUAAAUGCACAUUUAUUUAUUUAAUAUUUCAAUUGCAUGCGCUGCGCGCCUCUGUGGAUGUGCCUGCUCGACCUCUGAGUGUUGAGUCAGAGUGAGAAGUGGAUUUCAGCUUUAGGCGAGUCUGCGUCGGCUCUGAGCAGUCUGCGGAGGAGCAGCCGCCUUAAACGCUCAACAAGUUGUUUCAUUUUUUAAGGCGGCGUGUGCACGUUUUGUCUCGGAGCAGCUUACUCCAUUUCAAUGAGCCUAAUGUAUGUGCCCACGGUGCCGUAAGAGGGAGAAGGACAGCGCCGUAUCUCUGUAGUCUGUGGACACAGUGUCAUUGAAAGUCGGCAGAAGUGGGAAUACAUGGCUGCUGAUGAGAGAGCACACGAUUUUGGGCGUCAGACUCUGAACACCUGACCAAGUUAAUUCCGGCAUCAGUUUUACAAAACAUCCCUAUUGUAGAGCCGGUAGUAUCAGCUCUGGCUGCGUGAGCGCUUCGGUCACGGGCAGGCAACAUUUCGGCGCGCCUUCCAUCAUGAUGAGUAUGUUUUUUCCGCUCGGAUACUGAAAAUGACAACAUGCCGCGGAUUCCGUGAAAUCAUGGGCUAGAUUUGGGUAGGACUUGUUUCCACCGUCUUGUGUGUCCCUGUCGGUCUGUUUUUUUCUGUGUGCGUGUUUCUGGUUGCUGGCAUUGUGCGUGUCACAAUGAAUCAGUGCGCCUCGAAGUGUGAGCGCCCGUGUGCGCCUAUUAUAUGCGUCCCUUAUGUCCAUUAACAACCCAUCCCUCCCUCCUGACAGCGGAUCAAGUGUCCUUGUCAUUCAUCCGCUGAUGAUUAGCUUACCUCUCAAAUCAUUCCUUACAUAAUGAUAUAUGUUGAAAAUAGCAAAACUGGGUGAUCAGCCUGGACAUAGGCACACAGACAGGGCACCAACGGCCAAUGAGCGGCGAGAUCCGUCAUCUACAAAAGACCGGGAAUCCGGUGCCAAUAUGACCGGCGUCGGAGCGUUGAGGGCGGCUGUGGAGAGGAGAGGGAGGGCCUCGGGCGGAGAGCGACGUUUCAAGGACGAGGAAGGAGGAAUUGUACAGAAACAUCUGUAAGGACAAACGAGACACGUUAAGAAAAGAGAAAAAGUGAAGCUGCUGGCGUCACACUGGCAGGCUGAAGGAUUUCAUGUCUGAAUGGGGCUUUUUUCCAAGGGCACUGAGGUAAGGAUGGCCACAUCGGCGGAGAGAGGGCGGAGGUGUGAGCUGUUGGCUCCAAGAGAAUGACUAGACACAGAGAGACCACUUUUCUUUAGCUUCUUGAAUUUAACAUUCAAAUUGACAUUGACUUUCUCACCUAUGUAAUCUGGACAGGUCGACUACACUAUACAGUAGUUUUCAGGUAGUUAUAGGUUAUAUUCACCCUCCCCUGACCCUCCUCCUCCUCCUCCUCCCUGAGGUGGGAUGGAUGGGGUGGCUGGAGGUGUGGGUACCCCCGGUAGUACCGGGGGCUCUGGGGGUGACAGCCUCCCCAGGCGUAAUGGGGGGGACUCGAAGCGGCGCAGUAAGGGCAGCCUGCCCUCCCCGGGCUACAGGCUGUCCCAGGCCUCACUGGAAGGAGAAAGGGGCUCCUUCGGGGCAGACAGCACUUCUUCAGGUGGUCGCGGCCGUCGCCUCUCCAUCAUGAGCUCCUCCACUAGGGAUGGCCUUCCCUUUCGCUCAGCAGGCACGCCAACUACCCCGGUGCCCCUGCCGCCUCCGCCCUCCUCCUCCUCCUCAGCCCAUCCACCGCCGCGCUCAGUGGGCUUCGCCGCGUCCCGCGCCGCCCUGGCCUCCACCUCUUCCACCGGGACUGGAGUGAUGGUGGUGGCCACCGGCCCAGAGACCACCACCACCACGGCCUGCAACACAACUGCAGGGACCCCCGAGCUGGUGGGCCAGUCUGGACUGGGUGGGUUUGGCAUUGGGCUGGACGGGGAGGACUACAGCACCUCCAACCAGAGCACCUUCAUCCAGAGACAGUUUGGAGCCAUGCUUCAGCCAGGGGUCAACAAGUUCAGCCUGCGCAUGUUCGGAUCCCACAAAGCUGUUGCACUGGAGCAGGAAAGACUGAAAUCAGCAGGGGCGUGGAUCAUACACCCUUACAGUGACUUCAGAUUCUACUGGGACCUGUUGAUGUUAAUGUUGAUGAUGGGGAACUUAAUCAUCCUGCCAGUCGGCAUCACGUUCUUUAGAGAUGAGAACACUCCCUCGUGGAUCAUUUUCAACGUGGUCUCGGACACUCUCUUCAUGGUCGACUUGGUUCUCAACUUCCGGACCGGCAUCAUCAAGGAAGACAACACUGAGAUAUUGCUAGACCCCAGGGCGAUCCGCCAGAACUACCUGAAGAGCUGGUUCCUCGUGGACUUUGUGUCGUCCAUCCCGGUGGACUACAUCUUCCUGAUGGUGGACAGUCUGGACUCUGAGGUCUACAGGACAGCCAGAGCGCUGCGCAUCGUCCGCUUUACUAAAAUCCUGAGCCUGCUGCGCCUGCUCCGCCUCUCCAGACUCAUCCGUUACAUCCACCAGUGGGAGGAGAUCUUCCACAUGACCUAUGACCUUGCCAGUGCCAUGGUGAGGAUUGUGAAUCUGAUUGGUAUGAUGCUGCUGCUUUGCCACUGGGACGGCUGUCUCCAGUUCCUCGUCCCCAUGCUGCAGGACUUCCCUCCUGACUGUUGGGUUUCUAAGAACCUGAUGGUGAAUGACACAUGGGGCGUGCAGUACUCCUAUGCUCUCUUCAAAGCCAUGAGCCACAUGUUGUGUAUUGGGUACGGUGCCCAGGCUCCAGAAGGCAUGACUGAUGUGUGGCUCACCAUGCUCAGUAUGAUCGUAGGCGCCACCUGCUACGCCAUGUUCAUCGGCCAUGCCACCGCUCUCAUCCAGUCACUGGACUCCUCGCGACGGCAGUACCAGGAAAAAUACAAGCAGGUGGAGCAGUACAUGUCGUUCCACAAGCUUCCUGCAGACGUCCGGCAAAAGAUCCAUGAGUACUAUGAACACCGCUUCCAGGGGAAAAUGUUUGAUGAGGAGAACAUACUGGGAGAACUCAGCGAACCCCUUAAAGAGGAGAUAGUCAGCUUUAACUGCCGUAGCCUGGUGGCUAACAUGCCACUGUUCGCCAACGCUGACCCCAACUUUGUGACCGCCGUGCUGACCAAGCUUCGCUUUGAAGUGUUUCAGCCUUCAGACUUUAUCAUCCGUGAGGGCACAGUCGGACGGAAGAUGUACUUCAUCCAACAUGGACGAGUCAGUGUGCUGACCCGUGGCAACAAGGAAACCAAGCUGAGUGAUGGGUCUUACUUUGGAGAGAUCUGUUUGUUGACUCGUGGACGGAGGACAGCCAGUGUCCGUGCGGAUACAUAUUGUCGUCUGUACUCUCUCAGUGUGGACAGCUUUAAUGAGGUGUUGGAGGAACACCCGAUGAUGCGGCGUGCCUUCGAAACUGUCGCUGUUGACCGAUUGGACCGUAUUGGCAGGAAGAACUCUGUGCUCCUGCGGAAGUCAUCCCAGGGCGGUUCACUGGGUGGCAGUAUGGGUCGUGGUGGAGGUCGGGGUGGAGGAGGACCAGGGGCAGGGGGUAGCCUUGCAGCAGGUAGUCUGGGCUCCUGUGACAGCAUGCUGGUGCAGCAGAUUGUCAAACAUGACAGCAUGCCAGCCAUGCAGGAUGCCAUUGCGGCAGCUGCAGCGGGAAGAAGCGGAGUCAUGGGAGGAAGCGGCACAGUGUCUCCUAGGCCGCGCCCUGUCAUCUGGGCACCGCUGGUUCAUGCCCCCCUGCAGACUGCAGCUGCCACCAGUAAUGUAGCCAUCGCCCUCAUGCACCAGCAACAGCAACAACAGCAGCAGCUCCAGCAGUUGCAGCAGCAUGCACUCGGAGGCGCUUUCUUCCUGCCCUCCCCUCUUGUCUCUCCUUCACCCUCCUCCUCUUUCCCUCUAUCGCCUCCUCGUGCUCCUGUGUUACAGCCCCUUCGCCCCUCUGUGAGCUCCCUCAUCGGGAUGAUGGCAAUGGGAGGGAUGGGUGGCUUGUCCCCAAGAGGAGGAUUUCCUGCCUCCCCCUCAGCCAUGGGCCCACCUGGUGGGGUGACAUCACCACCAAUUGCCAAAACUCCACCCACUGCAGCCUCAUCUAUCCCAACUCCUGCCCAACAAGGAAGAACUGUUCAUUACAGCCUCCGCCUCCAGGCUGAUCAUCCUGCAGUGAUUGGUGGAUCUCUUGGAACCCCGACAAGUGGUGGGUCACCAACUCCACCCCUCCACAAGGUACCUACCACCAACCCACCUGCUGUUUCUGCUGCCUUGUCAGAUGGCAACACUUCUGCAACAAGCCAGCAGGGAGCAAAAGAAGCUCUGUUACGUCAUGGAGGAAACAGCUCUCAGGGUCUGCCAGCGUUAGGCAGACUCACCCAGGAGGCCAGGCUGCUGUCCGCCUCGCAGCCCACUCUGCCUCACCGCUCCUGGAUGGGAGUGCAGCCUCAUCCGCCCCUCCACCGGAAGGCCUCCGGUGGUAAUUUGCUGGCGGCUCCCUUCCUAGCAGGGCAGUUAGCCAGAGGAAGCAGUGCUGGUAUGCUGACCUCUAACGCUCCGGUGCAGCUGCUAACAAAUAUACCAUUUAAUACGCAAACACAAGCACAAGCCGCAGCUCCUAUUCAGCCCACUAUAGCACAGGCAGUCUCUGCAAAUACAGCUACGUGCACACAAUCUACCCCCCACACUGCCUCUAUAGCUACACCGACAGUUGCACACAUGCCUUCUGCAGUUUCUUCCUCCUCUCUGAAGCAGACCCCACUCUCCUCUGCCACCCCUUCACCUACACCCACUCCCUCGUCUCCUACCCCCAUACUCUCCCAGACACCUCGCCCCAAACCAGUUCCAAUGACCCCCUCUCGCUCUUCCUCACCUCCUCCCUGCUCCACCCCUCCUUCAGCAGGAACAACCUCGCUGUCGCUCUCUUCGACUCCUCGCCCCAAACCAAUCGCUGCACCCUCUCCCCGCUCUUCCUCUCCCUCUCCUUCCUCCACACCCCCUCCAUCCUCUGUUUCCACCCCUGUUCCGCUACCUCAAACAUUCACACCCAGGUCAUCUCUUACCUCCUCCUCUCCCCCUUCUUCCUUGGUCACCUCUUCAACGCCACAUCCUCAGAGCCCCAGAGCCAAGGCGUCCAUCACACCUCCUUCUGCUUCUCCGUUGUCUGGCCCCAGUCCUGCCCAAACCCCCAUUCCCUCUCCAACUGUGGCUCAGGCCACACGCACCCGCACUUCGACCCCCUCCCAAACUCCUACGCAAACCCUCUCACCCGUUAUCGCCCAAAUCCCAACUCCUAUCCACACCCUCACCCCUACACUUUCCCCCCCUCCCAUCCCUACUACAUCUGUCCCCUCACUGAGUAAAUCCCAGACUCCUUUGCAGCCCCCUGUCUUUAGCUCAGGGUCUAGGGUCCCCACUUCGAGCCAGAUCCCAAAACAGGUCUCGCCUCUAACCCCAACCCAAACUUCAACUCCUUCCCCAGCACCUGCUAGCACUAGCUGUCCCACCAAAGUAACUUUCUCAGUUCAUCCUGUAAAGCAAACCCCUCCCGUCCUCACUCCAAGCCCCUCUUCAGGCUCGGGUCAUUCCACCAAACCAACUCCAGCGACAACUUUGGCCUCAACAACUCUAUGUCCAACUCCCAGCUCCACUAGCUCCUCCUCUCAUACCUCCACCACCACCACCACCACCACCACCUCUCCUAGUGUCUCUCCUGCAUCUGCCCACCCCCCAAAACAAAUGCCAACCACCACAGCUGCCCCUACCCACUCCUCAAAACUCAACGUACCCUCUACCCCUGCCAAGACCUCGCCGGCAUCCACCACUACACCCACCCAGUCAGCACAGGCAGCUGCUGCCUCUGCUAACACCACCUCCCCUAAAGGGGGGAAAAAGGACCCCCAGCUGCCAUUAGCCAGAAAAGACUCAGAGGGACUAAGACAUAAACUGCCUGCCAACAUGUAAAAAAGAAGAAAAUGUCGUAGGAUGUUGGACUUGUGUUGUGGCCGAUGCUGAUUAGCUGAGCCAUGGAUAAACAGAGUUGUGUCAGAGUUGGCACCAGACAUCCAAUCUCAUGUGGACAAGUACAUGUUAUUUGCAUUCACUCUAGGAUGUGAUUGUCUUAGAACAUCAGGUGUUCAUGUGACUCUCAACCAUGUCAUCGAUCGAGGAGAAAGACUCUCUGGGUCAGUCGACUGGCUGGUGCAAGCUAAAAAAACAAACAAACAUCCAAGUGUAUACAUACAUAUCUGUGUUAGUGAUUGUUGGAGCAAGCAGGGGAGCUGAAGUGGAAAUAUGAUGCAGAAUACAGUAAAUGAGAUGGAAGCAAUAGCUAAGAGUGAGAAAAAAAAAUGUGUUAAAAGUCUCCAUUUUCUUGACAAUGAGAACAGCAAUACAUGUGAAACAUUUCUCAUCAUGUAACGGGAAAUGACCUUGAAGAUAAUAAUAAUAAAUGUGAGAAAAUAAUAAUCUUUCUGCUGUUGGGACGAAGGUCUAUUUUGGUGUCAGUUUCAAAUGCAGGCAAUAGAGCAGAGACACUCUCUGGUUUCCAGCUCCAACACCCUCUUGUCUCCCAUUCUUCACCAAAGUGUAAUAUUUUCUCAUCAGAAUAAUAAUAAUAAUAAUAAUUAUAAGGAUAUAGAGUUUAAAAAUCACUGUAAAGUCGAUACUCAUAUGAAUUUGAAUAAUUAGCAGCAGUCCACUGGUAGUUUUGUUGUCCCAGGUGUGUGGUGUUUAGUUUUUGAACAAAGACAAACUUUUAAACUUACAUGUUCACUCUGACAACUUCUGUAAAUCGUGUUUUUUUUGUGUGUGUGUGUGUGUGCGUGUGUGUGACACACAAUACUGCUCUGCUGUGCACUGUGGCUCAUUUGGUUUUGUUCCAACCGGCUUCGUGUAAAUACGUGCCUCUCUGUGGGUCUGUUGUAUGCUUCCUCACUCCUCUGCCUCUUUGUCUUUCAUCUCUGUCUGUCUUGCCGCCUUUCAUCUGGUUUCACAGCUCUGGUUGCUAACUGUUUCUCUGACGCUCACACACUCUGUCCCUUUCUCUCGGUUUCCCCGGUACUUUGCUCUCUGCUUCCAUCAGCCUCAUGUUGAAUUGGCGGUGUCGUCGUUCUGUCGCCCCUCCGACACUGUUUCAGCUCCAUGUCCAGUGAUGUUUGAUGUUUUGUGUGGGUAGCAACAAGCCUGUAACAUUUCUGUCUUAACCCCUGAUACCAUGUUGCCUAGACUAUAUAUUUAAGGACCAAAUGUUUUAUUUUUUAUUUAUCACAGCUUUAGCUUUUGAAAAGAAAAAAAAAGGCUAAUAAUGUCAAAAUGAUGAUUUUGAGUGUGGCAUUAAAAAUUACGACAAUGAUUGUGGUUAUGAUUUGAUGAUUUGAUGAUGAUGAUGAUUAUGAUGUUCUGGACAACAGUCAUGAUGAUGAGGAUGAUG